GACAAGGAGGCCCUGCAGCAGCAGCUGUAUGAACACAUGCUGCAGAUGUCUGCACUGCAGGCCAAGCUGGACGACAAGAAACAUGGACAGGAGGUCGCAGACUCCUGGGUAGCACAGCUGCAGGAACAGCUUAAGGUGGAGAAAUGGGAAACCUGGUUGAACAGCUGGAGCAGUUUCGGGAGGACCUGGUGGAUAAGGAGGAGGAGAUCCAGAGACUUCACAUGGAGAUCCAGAUCCAGCACAGGGAGAUGACAGCACACACUGAUGGGGAGCAGCACACUGCACAGCUGCUGGAGGAGAACUCCAACCUCAAGUCUGCCCUUAAGACCUUGCAAGACCAAGCUGAGGAGGACCUGUCCAUGCCUAGAUAUGCCCAGGACCUGCUGGAGGAGAAGAACUGCGAGAUCGAUCAUCUUAACGAAGAGAUAAAAAGACUCAGAGAAGACAUGGACCAAAUGCCUUCAAUCUCUGAAACUGAUACAACAAGCACGGCUAGCCAAACAGAGGACACCAGUAUGGAGGAUGAGGCUGACUGGAGCUCUGUGCUGGAGCAGAAGGAAGAGGAUAUCUCAGCCCUGAGAGUGGAGCUGCUGAACAUGAGGAACAGAGACCCUCUACAGGAACCUGUGGUACAACAUGCCAUGGAGAGAAAUAACCAAGAGUUUGAACAAGCCAAGGCUCAGCUACAAGAAGAUAUCAGACAGAUAGAAGAUCAGCUCAGAACUCAACAAACAGAAACAGAAUCUUUGAAGCAACAGCUGUUAGGAGACCAGACAACGGAGACUGCAGAGCGGGAGAAAUCUGAUGCUGAAGAACUGAGAACUGCUGCACUGGAGCAACAAGCUGCAGCAGAGGAAGCAGAGGCUGCCGCACAACGGGAAAGAGCUGAGGCAGAACAAGAGAAACUUGCAGCACAGCAGGAAAGAGCUGCAGCAGAACAGGAGAGAGCUGCAGCAGAACAAGAGAAACUUGCAGCACAGCAAGAGAGAGCUGCGGCAGAGGAAACAGAGGCUGCCGCACAACGUGAGAGAGCUGCAGCAGAACAGGAGUGGGUCGCAGCAGAACAAGAGAAACUUGCAGCACAGCAGGAGAGAGCUGCAGCAGAGGAAGCAAAAGCUGCAGCACAACAGGAGAAAACUGCAGCAGAAGAACAGAAAAUUGCAGCACAACAGGAGAAAGCUGCAGCAGAGGAACAGAAAAUUGCAGCACAACAGGAGAAAGCUGCAGCAGAGGAACAGAAAAUUGCAGCACAGCAAGAGAAAACUGCAGCAGAGGAAGCAAAAACUGCUGCACAACAGGAGAAAGCUGCAGCAGAGGAACAGAAAAUUGCAGCACAACAGGAGAGAGCUGCAGCAGAGGAAGCAAGAUCGGCAGCAAAACAGGAGACAACUGGAACUGAGGAGGCUAAAGCUGGAAUGAAGGAACUCUCGGCUCCAUCAGAGAGGUUGUCAGACCAAGAGCUGAUGAAAAAGAAUGAAGAACUGAGACAGCUUCAAGAAGUUUCCAGUCAACUUCAGGCACAGCUUGAAAAUACAGAGAAGCAAUUGAUAAAUCGUGAUAAGGAAGUUUCAAAGCUGGAAGAAAAAGUGUCCUCUUUGCUACGAUUGCAGUCAGAAGAUGUGCAGGUGGAUGCUGCAGUGAGACAGCGUCAGGAGGAUGGUCCAGUUGGAAGUAAUGACUACAGAGUUACAGAUGACAGGAUGGCAGAACUACAGGCGGAACUUACAUCCCAAGCACAAAGACAUGAAGAAGAAGUAGUUCUGCUGAAGAGCAGCCUUCAGACUGAGAUGGAGAGAGUGAAAGAACAGCUGAGAGAGGAGUACAGGACACGACUAGAAAACAUCCGAGUGUCUACACAGGGCAGCGCACUCAAACAGAAGUUAGAUGAGAUCCGGGCAGAGCUGACCUGGCAGCAUCAGCAGCACAUCAGGGACAUCCAGGAGAAUGCAGAGAGAGAUGCACAGAUGAGGGUGGAGGAACUGGAACUCAGACACAGGCAGCACAUAGAAGAGUUACAGAGUCAGUACGGGAGAGUGCAGAUGCCAGGUGUGUCAGAAGCAGACAGACUGCAGACAGACCUGCUGUACAGACUGGACACUCAGCAUGGUCCUGGUACGGAGACUGGCAGCAGCACUAGAGCCUCCCCCACCAUGUACACACCAGCAGGAUCAGAGCUGGGACACAGACUGCAGGAUGAGAUAGAUGCCACAGAGAGGCUAGACAACAACCUGGUCAACCAGCUGAGGCAGCGACAGCAGGGGGUGGGGCAGGACCACAGUGAUUCUGAAGUGGAUGAUAUUGUGUCUACAAGAUUGGAGGGGCUGCUGCGAAGGUUACACACAGAAGGCAGCAAAGUGCUGUCCUUGUCGGAGCUACAGUUUAUCCAGCAGCACAGCAUGUCAGCCCGGCCACCUGUCCCUGAUGGGGCUGAGAGAGACACUCUGCAGCAGUCUGUUAAACAACAAGUGGAGUUGCUAGAGUAUAAGCUGAACCAAGAGAAGACCAUGGUGGAAGAUCUGCAGUCAUCUCUGCUGUCUGAGAGGAAGAGAAAUGGAGAACUUGUGUCUACAGUGGAGGAGGAAAGGAGAGCUGUAUCCUGCCUACAGAACGAGCUGUCCAGUCUGAAGAUGCUGGUUGAAAGUUUACGUGCUGCUCUGGACAGGGAGCAGACAAAGUUGGCUUCAGUCAGUGGUGCGUUAGAGUCUGAGAAAGCCCAUGUGAAGUCCCUCCUGGAGGCGCUGGAGAUAGAGAGACAUGCUGUGCAGCAGCUGCAGGAUGAGGUGGAUGCAGACAGGGACCAGAGUCUGGACCAACAGCACCGAGAUGGACAGGUUAUCAAGAAGUUGAAAGAGGGCCUUGCUUUGGAGCAGGGCAAGAGUGCCGAACUCUCCCGGUCACUGGAAGAUGAGAAGUUGCGACUCAUCUCUCUACAAAGGGAACUGGAGAAGGAGCGGGAAAACAAGACGGGGGUCGUUCAGGAGAAGGACUUCAAACUACAAGAGCUCAUGAAAAAAUUGGACAGAGAGACCACACGAGCCGACACAGUGACUGCUGCACUGGAGAAACAACAGAGUGUAGCCAAACAGCUGCAACUUUCCUUAGAAGAGUUAAAACAGACGAGGGCUGACUUGGAGAGAAGAAAAGAGGCCUCUAUCAGUGAGCUGCAGUCUCUCCUGGAUGCUGAGAAGGAACAUUCCCUGGACUUGAAGACAACCUUGGAUAGAGAGAGACAGGUGGCGGCCAGCUUGAGGCAAUCCAUAACUAAGGAAAGGACCAAAAUGUCUGAGGAACUGGAACGGGAAAGAAGUCUUCGUAAUCAGUUGAAAAAUACGGUGGAAAAAAUGGAGAGACAAAGCCGAGAAGCUUCAGCUUCCCUUCAGCAGGAGAAGACCAACACUGUCCAGCUGCAGGCUGAAAGGGACCGUCUGCAGGCCAAGCUGGCUGUACUGGCUGACAGGGAAGCUGCUACUGAAAGGCAGAGGCAGAAAGACAAGCAGUCCCUGCAGCAGAAAGAAAAAGAGAUUCAACAGCAGCAGCAGAAGAUUGCUGAACUCCAGCAGCAACAGAAGUCCCAAGCAGAUAGGCUGGGUGGUGGGGAGAGCACAACUGGACGAGAGAAGGAAACCAGAGGCGUGUCGCCGCGCAGCCAUCACUAUUCUCCAGAAGCUCUAACCAGACACAAACAACAGCUGGCCUCUUUGUGCCAGUCACUACAGCUGCAGCUCCUCAGGCUGAAGGAGACGUUACCAAGUCAUGCUCACAGUGUUGAUGCUGAACUGAGUAAGAUUGAAGAAAUUCAACAAGCAGUUAAGGGACUAUCUAAUGAGUUGCAGCAUAUGAGAAGUGCAAACUUGUCUGGAUCAGAACCCACGACUGGACCAUCUGUGAAUGAGAAGAUCCUCCAACAGAACACGGAGCUGACCAGUUUUGUGGCCAGACUCAGUCAGGAGAAGGCUGAGUUGAGGAAUGCCCUGGCUGACCUGGAGGAACAGGUGUGGAUGUACAGACAGAAGGACAGCACAGCCAACCAGAUAUCUGUACCACAGAAGCCUGCAGAGCCCCAGAGCUCCAGCUGGCAGCAGGAGAAGGCAGAGUUACUGUACUCCCUGCAGGAGGCUCAGAGUGAGGUGGCUCGUCUCAGGGCCGAGGGCAGGCAGCUGGUUCAGGAAGUACAAACUGAACCACAUCAAACAGACUCUUCCGUGGAUCAUGUCAAGAUGCAGCACAUGUACGGGCGCUACCUGCGUGCUGAAAGUUUCCGCAAGGCUCUGGUUUACCAGAAGAAAUACCUCCUCUUGCUGCUGGGAGGGUUUCAGGACUGUGAGGAGGCAACUCUCGCUCUUAUUGCCAAAAUGGGGGCGUACCCCUCAUCAGCUGACAUCCAGAGACGAUCCAGACAUUCCAAGGCAUUUACCAGGUUCCGCUCAGCUGCCUGUGUCAUCAUUGCUGUGUGGAGGUUACAGUUCUUAGUGCAGAAAUGGAAACGUGCCACCAGGAUCGGUUCUCCCAUUCUGAACAAGAGCAUGUCUCGUACUAGAGAUGGUGGACAGCACAGCAGAAGCCUGCCUACAAAUGAUGGACAGUACAACAGAAGUGCGUUGCCUAGUGGCAGACAGCACUACAGCACUGUACCCCAGCAAGAUGGACAGCGCCACACUAGGCUGUCCUCACCUGCUGGCCGGAACAGCAGUGGACAGUCGCCGAGUGAUGGACAGUUCCUCAGCAGACGGUCUCCCGGCAGCCAGUACCAGAGCAGUGCACAGCCUGGUCACAUGUACAGUCAGCCUGCUGCUCAACAACACAGAAGUCCAUCUACAAGUCCUGUCGGAUCCAAUCUACGCUUCGGUGUUACACGUUACUCCCCUCCCAGGCCACAUCUUGCCCACCAGUCUCCAAAUUCAGCAGAAAGGACUGAUGACAACUCCCUCACAGACUACAUCCACAGACUGGAGUCCCUGCAGCGCAGGCUGGGAAACCCACCCAACGGUGGGUCAAGGAAGUGAAGCUUUCCAAAUACAGACCAAUCAUCAGUCAUCACCUAAUGCUAGUCCAAGUCUACAUUUGUUGUGAUCAACUGUGAUUGUUUUGUUUAUCACCAAAUCCACUUAUCAUGUAAAUCAAUCAAGACCUGUACAUGAAAAAUAUAAUGGAAUAUAGAAUGAUACAUUGUACAUAAAGCAAAUUUUAAAGCAAUCUCUCAGUUUUCUU